GAAAGAGCGCGUCGGAGCGCCGGAGCUUCCUUUUUCUGCGCCGGGAGGUUCCCGUGCGGCUGGCCAACAUCAUGCGGGAGAUCCAGCUGCUGCCAGACAGCCUCCUGCAGCAGCCAUCCUGCCGUCAGGUCGCCGAUUGGUACAUGCAGAGUUUUAAUGACAUCCUGGUGUACGAGGCAGCGGACCCGCAAGGCUCUGCAGUGCUGGAUGAUUUCUGUGAGACGCUGAUCAAGAUCCGGAACCGGCACAGCAGCGUGGUGCAGACCAUGGCCGAGGGUGUCAUCGAGCUGAAGGGCAGCACGCGCGUGGACGCGUCCACCGAGAACAACAUCCAGUACUUCCUCGACCGCUUUUACAUGAGCCGCAUCAGCAUCAGGAUGCUCAUCAAUCAGCACUCGCUUCUGUUUGGCCACCAGGGCGAGGGCAACCCCCGCAACGUGGGCUGCAUCGACCCCUACUGCAACGUGGUGCACGUGAUCGAGGACGCGGCGGCCAACGCGCGCUUCCUCUGCGACCGCUACUACCAGGCCUCGCCAGAGCUCCGCAUCGCACAGUUCAACGAGGUGUUCCGGCGCAACAACAAAGACCCCGGAGCCAAGGAGCCGCCGAUCCAGCUGGUGUACGUGCCAUCCCACCUGUACCAUAUCCUGUUCGAGCUGCUGAAGAACGCCAUGCGCGCCGUGGUGGAGCACCAUCAGGAAGCGUCGGAGCUGCCGCCCAUCGAGCUGCUGGUCGUCAACGGAGACGAGGACCUCGUCAUCAAGAUCAGUGACCGGGGCGGCGGAGUAACCCGCAGCACUAGCGAGCAGCUAUUCCACUACAUGUACUCCACGGCGCCCAAGCCGUCGCCGGCGGACGACGCGCCGCCGCUGGCCGGUUACGGCUAUGGCCUGCCGCUGUCCAGACUGUACGCCAGGUACUUCCAGGGGGACCUCAUCGUGAACUCGCUGGAAGGCUACGGGACGGACGCCAUCAUCUACCUCAAGGCCCUGGCCAAGGACGCCAGCGAGGUGCUGCCCGUGUUCAACAAGGCGUGCGAGCGACACUACCGGAGCGCGGCGCAGGCGCCCGACUGGUCGUCGCACAUCCACAGCAACGGCACCAACGGCAACGGCAAUGGCGGCUUCGUCAACAGUGUGGGCUCGCCCCGGAGGGCGCGGCGCUGACGUCGGCGAGCCUAGCUGGCCGAGAACGCUGACGCCGGCGAGUCUAGCCGACCGAGAGCGCUGACGCCGGCGAGCUUAGCUGGCCGAGAACGCUGAAGCCGGCGA